AUGGAGAUACUGGAUGUGUUAAUAAUCGGGGCUGGCCCUCAUGCCCUGACUCUGGCAAGCUUGCUAUCAAACCCCAACCCUAACUCAGACCCAGGUCCAGACUUGCCCGUCCCCUCCUGCUGCUGCUCCAACCCUCUGAAGCCUCAAACAGACCCAGAACCUUCCAACAACAGACGAGGCAAGAAGAAGAGGAGGCACACAGCUGGUCUGACACUGGAGGAACGACUAGCGAAGACAAACCCGUCACAGGGGCUUGUUCUCCCCCCACUGAGUUUCAGAGCUGUGGACUCCUACGGUGAGUGGACGACCUUGUGGGAGAGCCAGUUCACCGCUCUGAACAUCCCUCACCUGCGCUCACACACUCUGGUGCACACGGACCCUCUGAAUAAGGGAGCUCUGCAGGAGUUUGUCCUGAAGCAUGAAAGAAGGCCGGAGCUCCACAGUCUUCCAGAUCAGAUUUACAUCCUGGAUGAGAACACGUUUAUUAACGACACGAGGCUCGGGAAGAAGGAGAGGAGGCGCCUAAACAUCAGCUCGACUCUGAAGAAGAGUUUAUCCUUUAGUCUGCCCGGAACCAGGCUGAGCGUGGACUUCUUUAAAGAUCAGGUGGAGCGGUACUGCCUGGACAAAGUGUUGCUGAAAGGAACCGUGGAGCGCAUCACACCUGUGACCGAGGAGGAAGAGGAGGAAGAGGACUGGGCAACAGAGGCUGAGACCACUAGAGAGACUGAAAGGAAGAGGGGAUGUUCAAGGAAGAGAGUGAAAUAUUUUCAAGUCCAACUUCAAGAAGGUAUCGUCCUAAAGGCUCACAACGUGGUCCUGGCUACGGGUCCAACCAGGGCUACGAUGGCGAACAUCCCUUCGUGGGUCACAAACGCUGGAGACGGCUACCCAGAGGAUCGGAUUCAACACACCGUGCACCUGAUGCAUCACCUGGCCUCGUCUGCACAAGAACAGAAAGAUCAUCAGAGGCAGAGAGAGGCUGCUCCAGUGUGUGAGGCGAGGCAGAGAGUGAUGGUAGUCGGUGGAGGUCUGACCAGCGCUCAUGUGGUUUCACUCGCCCUGCAGCAGGGGGCCAGCCAUGUGACCUGGGUCUUGAGGAAACACCUUCAGUUAAAACAGUUCGAUGUGGGCGACGUGGAGAGCCUGGUGGGUCGAUACUCCCACGUGGAGCACGGCAUCAAGAUGGACGGUCAGGCCUACCUGCGACAGUUCUACAACGAACGGAGUCUCCACAAACGGCUGGCUAUGAUCCGCCAGGCCAGGAAAGGAGGAGCCGUCACUCCCGAGGCCUACAUGCACCUCCAACCAUUCAUCCGGAGUGGACAGGUGGAUGUGAAGACGUACUGUCAGGUGAGUGAAGCCAACUGGUGCCACAGGAGUCAGGCCUGGAGUCUGACCCUCAGCACUGGGGACAGCUGGACUGGAGACAAGAUCUGGCUCGCCACUGGCUGCAAACUUGAUGUCAAACAGGACCCGCUGCUCUCUGAGGUGAUGAAGGAGUUCCCCAUUCAGGUGAUUGAUGGAUGGCCCUGCGUAUCAGGAAGUCUUCGCUGGGCGGAGGAUUGUCCUCUUUACCUGAUGGGACAGUACUCAGCUCUCCAGGUUGGACCUCACGCUGUGAACCUGGCAGGAGGACAAGCUGCCAGCCUGCGGAUCGCUAAGGACAUCAUGCGUCGUGAAACCCUGGAGGAUGUCAACAUCUCUGAUCUGAGAGGAGAGAAAUGUAAAACUGAUGAAUAUAUCCAACAGAUGCAGGGUCUGCUGUGGCUUUAACUGAGUCUGCAUAACAUCAUGUGAGCAUCAUCUGCUCCUGAUGAUGAUGAAGGGUGUUUCCCUGAUGUGAUGAAAUAUAAGAAGCAGAGACUUCAUGUGUGUUUCAGACAGAUGGCACUCCUCCAGGCUCUGUCAGUGGUUAACAUCAUUCUCAGGUUUAUUCAGAAAGACGAGGUUUGUUGAAUAUUCCUGCUUUUUAAGAAUAAACAGAGUUUUUACAUAAUAAAGCUCGAA